AAUUAAUGUUUCGGUCUUUUCUUGUUAAUUAAUGUAAAAAAAUUGUGGUGUCAAAUAAAUUUAAUCAACUAUUAGAAAUAGUAAGUAAAUGUAUUAAUAAAACGAAAACUUAGCCCGUACUCGUACGCCGUAGUUAUUAUUUAUGCAUAUCUUAUGUUGAUGCUACGUAAGAGGUAAGCUCUAUAGAGCAGGGGUCGGGAACCUAUGGCCUAUGCCUAUGGCUUGCGAGCCAGAUGUCUUCUUCUUCUAUAUCUUAAGGGCCCACGAUCAAUUUAUUGAUCAUUUUGGCUCCUAUGCAUGUAGAUGGGAUUUGGAAUGUUUCUGUUCCUGGUGUUGAUGAGGAAAUUUCACAGAUUUCCAGUGCCACUUUGUGAGGGAAUCAUGCACUGGGGGUUUGAAGGCUUGAGGCAAUAGACACAAAUGUGUCUAGUGUUGUCGCCUUUGAAAGAUUGUUCCAGUCCCUGAUUGUCUUGGGCAGGAAUGAGCAGCUCCUAUACUGGCUUCUUGCUGGUAUGAGCCUGAAUUGCCUGUCAUGGCCUCGUCGCUGUCUAUGGGGGAGAGGUACGAGUUUCUGUUUAAUACUGGAACAGUGGACCAGCCCAUAUUUAAUUAGAAAUGUUGCUCUAUUGAUGGCUGCAUCUGGCUCGCAGACAAAUGUUCGAUUAUAAAAAAAAUGUUUCUUUAGACUAAUGUGAUUAGCAACAGCAUACAAAUGUUAUUAAAAAGAAUUCAGAUACAUAAUUAUAAUUAUUGCAUUUUUAGUGUUGAAAUUACACAAAAUGCGCACAUUUACUUGAAUUUUUAGUUUUAAACAUAAUGUAUGGCUCUCACACUCACAGAAUUACUUUUCAAAAUAUGUGGUAAAGAUAAAAAAUUUAAUUGAUUGCCAUUUCAAUGUUCAUCUAUAGAGUAUAAACUAUUAUACUCUAUGACUAUGACUAGAAUGACUAAGACCGUCUUACAUACACACUGAUAAGAUAACACCUAUUUAAAAUCCGAUAUUAAUAAUUAAAUUAUUAGAAUUAUAAUUAAUAAGGUAUAACACACAAACUAUUUUGUACUUUUUAAAAGUAUGAACUAUUAACUAUGAUUAUAUGGAUUGAAUUGAUGCCCUAUGCCUAUAGCCUAUUAUUUCUAUUAUUAUUAUAAUUAUAGGCCUACUGUUAUUAUACUUCUGUGCAUGGCUAAGAUUAAGAUUAACUUAUAUUACUUAUUUUAUUAUUAGUUUGGAUUAUGCUCAAGUUUAAGUAUCGCCUAUGACUAUGAGCCCUAUGUUAACUAUUGACUAUAGAUAGACUAUAGACACUAGUUUAACUAUAAUAGUAUAAUAAUUUAGGCUUAGGCCUUAGGCCCUAUGAUUUAAUGGCAUCAUCAUCUUUAACCAACUCAUUAUAUAAUUAUAGUUGUAAGGAACAACUUAUAAUUAUUUAAUAUAAUAAUAAGAUUUUAUUAAUUUUUUUGUCAGUGUGCAUUUUGGACAUAUCGAAAUUAUUAUUAUGAACCAGUAUCAUGACACAUGGCCAUGGAUUUUUAUUAUAUGCUUAGACUUUAAGACUUUUAGAACUUUGAAAAUCUUUAGUAGCCUUUACCUUUUAUGUAGUUUGCGCUUUCGUUUGUUUCAGAAGAUGGCUAAAGCUGCUGAAAUCACCAAUUUUGGUAAGCUUUUUAAAAAAAUAAAUCCAUUAACUAUACUAUGUCACUAUGAAUAAUUAUUAUUUAAUUUAUUUUUAAUGGUAAAAAAUGAGUUCUUAAUCUUAUCAAGGCAAAACCUGUCUUAAUUAUGAAAUUAUUCGUAACACCUUCGACCUCUACUAUUUUUUAUAGCCUAAUAUUGGAAACCUCCAAGUAGGCUAACAUUUCAAAAUAAAUUUACCUUAAUAAUUGUUUUAACUCAGAUAUUUAUUCAGUAAUUAAUUUUAUUAUCAAAUAUAUUAUUUCUGCAAUGCUAAAUCACUGAAAUUUGGACUUUUAUAAAUAAUACCCAUUAUUUUCUUCAACUAGAUGAUAGUUUCAAUAAUUUCAACAUAAUAAAAAUAUUCAAUUAUUUUAUUAUACAGAGGCCUUUCCUGAGAGUGAGUUCCAGGUCAAUGUGGUCUUACCUGGAGGUCAAGUUGAACUAAAGAGUGUCCACAUUAUGGAUGAGCACGGUACAGACUUCACUGUUGCACAAGUCAGUGUAUUUGGCUUGGUUUUUUUUACUUCUGUUACAAUAAUUCAUUUGAUGGGAAGUCUGGCUUUAAAAUUUAUUUUUUACAGUAGAUCCUAUCCUUGCUUACUUGGGAAAAAUUUUUAAUGAAAAUUGUUGUUAUUUGUAUUUAUGUUGAGCCAACUGGUCACUUUAACUUUAUUCUUUUGAAUCAACUAGUCACUUUACUCUGUUGAGCCAAUUUGUCACUGUUGCAAGGAAACAUAAUUAUUCACGUUUUUCAUUUGACUGGGGGGAGAUAUUUUUGUUUGCUUCUUUCUAGCAUUCUGCUAGAGCAAUAUCUCUCUCAGUCUCAGCCAUCCAGGCAUGAGAUUACUGGCACUAAUUGUUUGCAUAAUACACAUGUGUUUGCAUGCAUGGAAAAGUUAACAGGCAUAUAGGCUACAAAUGUAGUUUUUUUAAAAAAUGGAUUAUGAGGGCAGCAAAGAUCCAUUUAUCUAUUGGCUUACAAUAGCUUAAUUAUAAUUAAAUAUGACUUGUUUCUUCAUACACUAGGUCAAGGAAACCAUCUUGUCAACAUCUGGAAUUACUAAUGCAGGGGAUUAUGCUGCACUGUUUGUAAACUCCAUUGAGAGCCGGCUCUUACCAGACAAUGAUCCAAUAACUGACCAUAUCCAGUAUUUAGCCUCAGGAUAUCAACUGGAGUUUCAUCCAAAGUAUGUGUCAUUGUUAAUGUAUAUAGGCCUAUAUAUAUAAUUAUACUUUACUUAUAACUGUCAGAAUCAUUUUGUUACUGGUAAAGAUAAAAAAUUUAAUUGAUUGCCAUUUUAUAUGUGAUAUUUAGGCUGUUUAUUCUUGACUACAAAUAAAGAGAUUACAAAUCGAGUUCGUAUUAUGAGGGACUGCAUUCAAGCUUAAACAUAUCUUGUUCCAAUAUUUCCUCAUAUUAGAAGAUUUCAAUGUCUUGGGACAACUCUCUUAACCAGUGGCAUAGCAAAGGUUGGUGUCAACCGGUGUGGUAACCUUAUGGUGUGGUAAGCUCAUGGUGUCACCCGGUGAGGUAAACUCAUGGUGUCACCCAGUGUGGUAAACUCAUGGUGUCACCCCCGACUUCCACCAUGGAUUUCUUCUUGUUAAAAUAAGUAAACACUGACAAGAACAAAAAAAAUUAAUUAAAGGUCAGGAGGUAAAUAUUUAAGAUAAGAUAAGAUUCUUUUAUUGAUCCUAAUAAAUGGAAAUGUUUUUUGAUUGCAUUAUACAUUUUCAGUACAUAAAUAAAACAAUUUGAACACAAGACAUUUAUAAUAAAUUAUUUCAAACAGCCAUUCAGUGAGUUCUCUUAGCCAAAUCGAGGACUUAUUAGUUCUCAUUCAGAUGUGUGACUUCAGAGGAAGCACACCGAUAAAUUCGUACAGAUUGGAGAACAAAAGAAUUUUUAUAUCUGUCAAUCCUUGCCUUGAUGGAAAGAAUUCGUCCUGAACGGCCCGAUCCUAAGUAUCUGUGAUGAAGAGGAUGGGAUUUAUCAUCCAAAAUGUGUUUAGUUUUGCAAAAACAUCUUACUUCAAAUAGUUCUUCAAGUAAAGGAUGUUUAGUUUGUGUUAUGUGCCUAGCUUUCUUGAUUAGUCGGUUUAUGCGGUGUUUAAUAUCAGUCGUUGAAUUCCCACACCAGCAGGUAAUACUGAAAUUUAGUAGGCUUCCAAUUGUUGCACUGUAGAAUAAGUUUAUGACUUGCUUAUUUACGUUGAAAUUGUACAGUUUUUUGAGGUAGAACAGUCUUUGGUUGAAUUUCUUAUACAGCAAUUGGCAGUGCUCAUGCCAUGUUAGCUUAUUAUUAAUGGUGACACCUAAGUAUUUGUAUGCCUCCACUUUCUCUACACUUUGAUUUUUUAUGUUGAGAUCUGUAAUCUGGUGUUUCCCUCUCCUGAAAUCAACAACCAUUUCUUUAGUUUUUGAGACAUUCAACUGGAGAAAAUUUUCAUCGCACCAAUUGAUAAAGCUUGUAACUAAAUUGCGGUAUAGGCCUUCUCCUUAGAUAUCUAAGUUACAACGUAUCAUAAAAAAUGACUAAGUACCUGUAACUAAUUUAAUUUUUCUUAUUAUUAUACAGACUGUGACCAAGCUGAGGAUUACUGUAACUGUAACUAUAUCAGUAACUGGUGGAGACAUGCACAGAAUGAAAGUUACAAGUACAAAGUACGAGGCUGCUAAUUUAAGUUUCUACACUUUUUAAUUUUAAAAUAAAAUAUAUUCCUUGUUUCCAGUAUUUAUGCUUAAUAGUCUUAGCUCCUACACUUUAAAGCAUUUUUUUUUUGCAUGCUUCUAAAUCCAGAGUUUUUUUUUAACUCAGUUACUACACAGUAAAAUUUAUGAAUAACAUUAUGCAAUAUACCGGUACCAUAGUAUAAAGUAUUUUAAAGAUUAUUAGCUAUUUUGUUUUUUUUAAUUUUAUUACCAUUACAUAUGAUGUAUUAUAUUAUCAGUUACUUCUUUCUUUAUUUUAUAUUUGUGCAAUAUGGUGUAGGUUAAAUACCUCAAAAUUAACUCUCUUUUUUUUAUUGAUUUUAUCCCAUUAUUUCAAGACACUACAACAAAUUUGUGUGUGUGUUUUGCAUAAAGGCUGAAGGUCACUGUUUUAAAAAGUCCUCACUGGUAUGAAGCAUAUAAUUCACUAGCUGGGGCAACACAACCACAUUGUGCAUGUAAAUUACAGAAAGAGGUGCAUAAUCCAUAAUAAUUAUUCCAGGUGGCGCUCAAGUUGAACUAAAGUUGCUUAGUUGUAUUGACCUUCAUUUGCCUUUAUUUUAGCUGUGGCUUGUAAAUUAUAAAAGAACAUUUGGUAAAGAUUGUGUUCUUUUUAAUGCAUUUUUGCAUAUGGUGGGGUUGGGGGAGCAGGGUAUGAAAGCGCAUCAUGGUGCCGAAUAGGGUGGACAACAUCCACUCAGGAAUUAUAAGAUUAUAACCAGAUUUUUAACAAUUGGCCAGGUAACAUCAGCCAUUCAUGUGCAGUUGAGCUGCAAAGACCUGGGGUAUCUCAGUGUUUAAAUAAGUCAUCAGCUUUUAUGUAAUCUCACCACCUCUGCCCUCCACGAAAAUUUUAUAAUGAAAUGUCAGGUUACAAAAACAUUCAUGCCACCUUGGCGUACCACAUUCGAAAAUGAAUGAGGACGGAGUUGGUUGUCCAUGGUUACUUGAGUCAGUGUACCAUUGUCCUCUUGUAGGGACUAAAUCCUUUAAAUCCUAACAGCACUUUAAAUUAGUUUAAAAAUAUUUAAACUUCAGUGACCUCAUGCUGUUCCAAUUAAUUCAAUUAUAGUGUAAGAAAUUUUUAAAGUACAGUUUUUGUUCUAGGCCAAAGAAUUUAUUUUAAUUUUAUUAUCUUUUUUUUUUAAUUUCCUAAGUUUACCAAACACUUUCAAUUGAUUAAAGGGUUUUGGUAAAAUGUUUUCCAGAAAUGCUAAGAUUGUAUCUGUCUGCUAUAAAGUUUUGUUGGACAAAUGUAGACUACGGUAUUGUUUUCAUUGCUGAAAAAAAUUCACUCUGCCUUACAUUUACAUUGUCUAUAAACAUUAUCUAUGUCUUCUCUGUUCUUAUGUCAUUGUCAACCACAGACUUCCUAUUCUUAUGUGCCAUUGUCAAUAACAGACUUCCUUUUUCUUAUGUGACCUUAGCAAAAAAUCUGAAAUAUGUUCAGUUAUUAUUUUUUUAACUGUAUACCUACCAGUCUAUGCCAUUGCAUUUUUUAAAAAUUUGGUUAUUGCUUAGCAUGCAUAUCUUCAUAAUUCAAAUAUACUCUUUUGCCUUGGGAGAGUACUUUUUAUCACUUUGGAAAUAUGUCUGCUGAUUUUAUUGUCAAAAGACUUGUGUCAAGGGAAAUAAUUCAUGGCACAUUUAAAGAAUCAAGAGAUAUUAUUAUAGUUAUAGAUUUCCUGUUGUAGAUGGUUCUAAAAUUAUCAGUUUGUAAUAAUAAAUAUUGAUUAAAUUUGUAAUUUUCAAAUUCAUUUUAUUUGUUUACAAGUUAUUGUUAUUAUAUACUAUUAUAAUAAAAGAGAGUUAAUUUAAGAGUUGUGUAGAGAGUUGAGUAGAGAGCUGAGUAGAGUGUUGAUUUGAGUAGAGCAUUGAUUUUCCUAACUACAGGGAAGUUUCUGG